GUGCUACGCUUUGCUCUACGGCAGUAAUAUGGUAGGCUGAUAAGCCUCCAAGAGAAGUCCAUAAUAUGCUUACUUCGUGAUAGAUAUCCAUGUGGUCUAUCAUGCCAGAUAAUUCAGCCAGCACUUUUGAAAGUCGUCCAGUUUAACUUUGCUGUUGCUUGCCAAAUUAUCAAGAUAUGACAAAUCACUUUAUACCCCAGACUAUCUUUUCAUUUCAUGAACAUGAUUUUUUACUUCUUUUUCCAUCUGGUAUACCGUCUUUAUUACUUCUGGUUGAUAUCGAGUAGGCAACACACUUUUGGAUGGGGGUGAAACGCUCUCUUGUCGCGCAAGCAAAGGAGGGUCAAAUUUCAGUGGCUUGGGGACGUUGUCUGAGUUGAAGAAAAUUUUCGACAGCAGUCAUUUUCUCGCUUGCAAAAAAAAAAAAAAAAAAUUGGUAACGUGUUAAUACUUCACCUUCUAUCCUCAAAAUGCCAUCGACUUUCCGUACUUUGGAAAGAGAGGAAGCGUUCCGGAAUCCCUCCAACAAGAAGUUUGGAACUCCAGAACUUCAAGAGGUUGUAAAACCUCAUUUGGAAUCGUUUGACUCUCUUACGAAAUUUGGCAAUGGAGACACCGGAUUGCUCGACCUGGCCGUAAAGGACAUUGGACAUAAAACUGUAUUCGAUGGAGUAGGUGAAGACGGUCUUGGCAACAAAAUCACUUACUGGAUUGAGGGUAUUUCCAUUGCAAAACCCGCUGUUAACGUUAGAGAUACCACUUCUCUUCACCGCGAGAUAUACCCUUCCGAAUGCAGAGAACGUUUGAUCACUUAUAAAGGCAGACUUCAAGCCACCAUCAACUGGAGAUUCAACGAUGGUCCCGUCAACACAGAAUUGAAGGACUUGGGCCAGGUUCCAUUGAUGAUCAAAUCUAACAAGUGUCACCUUUACGGGUUAUACUCCAAAGGCCUCGUCGAACGCCAUGAGGAGUCAGAAGAAAUGGGUGGUUACUUUAUCGUCAACGGUAUCGAAAAGAUCAUUCGUCUAUUGAUUGUUCCUCGUCGUAACCACGUUGUCGCUAUUAUCCGAAACUCUUUCCAAAACAGAGGUCCAACUUACUCACCCUAUGGUUGUUCUAUUCGUUGCACACGUCCCGACCAAACCUCUCUCACAAACACUGUGCAUUAUCUCACUGACGGAAACGCUAUGAUCCGUUUCGCCUGGAGAAAGCAAGAAUACAUGAUUCCUGCUAUUAUGAUUUUGAAAGCUCUUAUCGACACUUCUGAUAAAGAAAUUUUUGAUGCUCUUUGCCAAGGUGAUACCAAGAACACCUUCUUGACCGACCGUAUUGAACUGUUGCUGAGAAGUUUCAAGGUCUACAAUCUAUACACUCGAGAAUCUUGCCUUCGAUAUUUGGGUGACAAAUUCAGAGUCGUAAUGGAUGUUGCAGAAGACAUGACAGAUGUUCAAGUUGGUGAAGAAUUGCUCCGCAAAGCCGUACUUGUACAUUUGAAGGAGGGUCGUGAUAAGUUCAACCUUUUGGUGUUCAUGAUCCGAAAAUUGUAUUCUCUUGUAUCUGGCGAAUGCUGUGAAGAUAACCCGGAUUCACCCCAACAUCAAGAAGUAUUACUUGGAGGUCACUUGUACGGUAUGAUUUUGAAGGAGAAAUUGUUCGACUGGCUCUCCUCCAUCAAGGCUCAAAUUCGUACCGAUAUCCGGUUGAAGAGUUCCAAGGUCGACUUUAUGAACAACAAAUACUUCACUGGCGUAAUGACAAAAGUUCCAAGCGAUGUGGGAGGCAAGCUCUCUUACUUUUUGGCUACCGGCAACUUGGUGUCUAACACUGGUUUGGAUUUGCAACAAGCUACCGGAUACACCAUCGUGGCUGAAAAGCUUAACUUUUACCGAUACAUCUCACAUUUCCGUUGUAUCCAUCGUGGUGCUUUCUUCGCUGAACUCAAGACCACAACGGUUCGUAAAUUGCUUCCAGAAGCAUGGGGUUUCCUUUGUCCAGUCCAUACUCCGGAUGGUUCCCCGUGCGGUCUGUUGAAUCACUUGGCUCACAAAUGUAAGGUCGUCAAUGAACCACUGGAUGUGUCCAUGAUGCCACGCCUUCUUGCUUCUCUUGGUGUUUCACAACCUGUUCUUCACACCAUCAAUCGACCUGAUUACGUUUGUGUACAGUUGGACGGUAAAAUUGUUGGAUGGUGUAGUAUCAAAUCAGCACUCAAGGUCUCUCAAAGCUUGCGAUUCUGGAAGGUUACUGGUCAACACAAUGUCCCUGCUGAUCUUGAGAUUGGCUACGUCCCAACUUCCCAUGGUGGUCAAUACCCUGGCUUGUAUCUUUUCUCCACACCAGCUCGUAUGAUGCGACCUGUCAAAUACUUGGCUAACGGUAACACCGAUAUGAUUGGCUCAUUUGAACAAGUCUAUAUGGAUAUCGCAUGUUUGCAGGAUGAAGUCAUUCCUGGUAUCAGCACUCAUAUUGAAUUCACACCCACCAAUGUGCUUAGUAUUGUUGCCAAUAUGACUCCAUUCUCCGACUUCAACCAGUCACCCCGUAACAUGUACCAAUGUCAGAUGGGUAAACAAACCAUGGGUACCCCCUCCACAGCACUUAAUCACCGUACAGAUAACAAGAUGUAUCGUCUUCAAAGUGGACAAACGCCUGUUGUUCGUCCUGAUCUACAUAACCUUUAUGGAUUCGACGGUUUCCCUAACGGUACCAAUGCUAUCGUUGCCGUCAUCUCUUAUACCGGUUACGAUAUGGAAGAUGCUAUGAUUCUUAACAAAUCUGUUCACGAACGAGGGUUCGGUUAUGGUACGGUGUAUAAGGCUGAAGUCGUCGAUUUGAGUGACCUCCGUGUCACCGGAGAACCCAUUAUGCACCACUUUGGACUUGCUGGCGGUGUUAACAAGAAGAUCCGAGAAAAGUUGGAUGAAGAUGGUUUACCGUUCAUUGGUGUACAACUCAAGGCUGGCGAUCCUCUCUGUGCCUAUGUUGACGAAACCACUGGUCAAACCAUUAUCAAGAAAUACAAGGGUCCUGAAGAUGGUUUGGUCGAUGAAGUCCGUUUGAUUGGCGAUGAUGCGUCGUCCACGGAAUUGCAAAAGGUUCAUAUCAAGCUUCGUAUUACCCGUUCUCCCAUCAUUGGUGACAAGUUCUCCUCUCGUCACGGUCAAAAGGGUGUUUGCUCACAAAAAUGGCCUGCUGUGGAUAUGCCUUUCACUGAAUCAGGUAUGCAACCUGAUGUUAUUAUCAACCCUCACGCUUUCCCCUCUCGUAUGACCAUUGGUAUGUUUGUCGAGAGUUUGGCGGGUAAAGCAGGAGCAUUGCAUGGUAUUGCUCAAGAUUCCACCCCGUUCAAAUUUAAUGAACAAAAUACCGCUGCCGAUUACUUUGGAGAACAACUUCUUGCUGCUGGUUAUAAUUACCACGGUAACGAAGCCAUGUAUUCUGGUAUUACGGGUGAAGAACUCAAGAUGGACAUUUACAUUGGCGUUGUGUACUACCAGAGAUUGAGACACAUGGUUAGCGACAAGUAUCAAGUACGUACAACUGGGCCUGUGCACAACUUGACCAUGCAGCCUGUCAAGGGUCGUAAGCGAGCCGGUGGUAUUCGUUUCGGUGAGAUGGAGCGCGACUCUCUAUUAGCUCACGGUGUCAGUUUCCUAUUGCAAGAUCGCUUGAUGAAUUGUUCAGACUAUUCACAGGCACACGUCUGUCGACUUUGUGGUUCACUGGUAUCGCCCAUCUCCACGAAGGUGGCCUCAUCUGUGUCAUCUCGACGAAAUGUUGAGUGCAGAGUAUGCAAUACUUCCAAGGGUAUUGAUGUGGUAGCCAUUCCAUAUGUGUUCCGUUAUUUGACCACCGAAUUGAUGAGCAUGGGUAUCAAGCUAACCCUAGGCGUUAAACCAUAGACUAAAAGUCAGAACCACGCAUUCAUGGAACCAUCGCUUUUGCAUAUUAUUUUUUUGACACCUUUUGUAGAUUAUCAGCACCCAAACCAAAAGAAAGAGACCCUUUGGUGAUCGUCUCCAACCGCUUCUCUUUUGUUCUUCACACAUCCAUUUUACCAUCCACUCUUUCGUUUAAUACAGUGGCCUCCUUCCAUUCCAUAAAAUAUAAAAAUCAAAUAAAACGGUUCAAAGGAAUAUAAAAAAAAAAUAAAAAUUGGCUAAUGAACGGAUUUUCGGUCGUGCAAAUCGAGUCGAGACCUGUUGAAGCCUAUUUUUAAAACCGCUAG